GCACUUGGUGGCAGCCGCAGACGUUUGCCGCGUGAUAUCUCUUUGGCACUGCAAGUCGUGCAAAGUUUGCUGCCGGGGGGUGGGAGUGGUCCUGCCUCGUGUAGGGUGAUAGUCUCGAAACCUUAGAAGAAGCACACGCAGUCAAUCUCCUCGGGGAUUCCAGGUGUAUGUACAUACCUAGUGCCUUGCCUUCCGUGGUCUUUCACCCCAAGCUCCGACGCGUUUCCUAGUCAUGCCUAAGGAGCCAAUUAUCAGGUUAUCGGAAGCGGAAGAUUCUGGUGAAUCUUGCCUUGCCUUCCGUGGUCUUUCACCCCAAGCUCCGACGCGUUUCCUAGUCAUGCCUAAGGAGCCAAUUAUCAGGUUAUCGGAAGCGGAAGAUUCUGGUGAAUCUUGCCUUGCCUUCUGUGGUCUUUCACCCCAAGCUCCGACGCGUUUCCUAGUCAUGCCUAAGGAGCCAAUUAUCAGGUUAUCGGAAGCGGAAGAUUCUGGUGAAUCUUGCCUUGCCUUCCGUGGUCUUUCACCCCAAGCUCCGACGCGUUUCCUAGUCAUGCCUAAGGAGCCAAUUAUCAGGUUAUCGGAAGCGGAAGAUUCUGGUGAAUCUCUUCUUGGGCCUUUCAAGAUUGUUGGCAAGAAGCGUGCUGCUCGCCUGGGCCUGACCGAUGGAUUCCGGACGGUUGUGGAUGAAGGGCCUGAGGGUGGGCAGUCUGUCUAUCGCCAACAUCUACGUAUUCUGGGUGGCCGUCUGUUGGGCUGGCCGCCUGGCUAAGAUUUUAGCACCGCGAGAGUUGCUGCACGUGUACAAACGGCCACCGAAUGGAUUUUGUCUGUUGCCCGUCAGUCUAGCCACUGUUGAUGUCUGAUUGUUUGUGUGUGUGUGUGGCGUGUCUGUGGAAGGUAAUGAAAGCUUUGAGCGGCAGUUGCACAAUAAAGAUUUAUCAUGGGGAUAUCA